AUGAAAAUGUCGAGCGAUGACAAUGAAGCGAGUUCGGUCGUCCAGAAAACAGAUGGCAUGCUCAAAGAAGUUGAAGAUGAAAGCAGGUAUAUCGCGCAAACACUAUGUGAGACGAGACAUUUGUCGGAUCCCGGUUCUCAAAUCAAACUUUCUCCAAAGUCAGCUGCCGCAUCGUUUUUUACAAGAGCUGAACCUAAGCUUGGUACAGGAUCUGCCGGCACAAGAAAGCCACGCUUUGGUUUAUCAAACGAUUUGCUGCCAUGCGAUGAAAAUCCAAACCUGUACUUAUCGCCCAAACUCCCACAACACACUCCAAUAACUGAUAUAAUCCGGCGCAGCCCACCUGUCAUUCCACCAACGCUGCUCAAGACAAGUGGAAGCACAAUUAGCUAUCUACCAGUCACAUCUACUGCAAAGUUGAGGGUCUUGCUGAAUUUAAUCGGAGCAGAUACCGAUCAAAAUGGCGAAGGGAAACCGCAUGUUACCGUGGACCGGACACGAAAGCAGAUUAGUCUUCUGGAUCCCAACGUUGAAAUGGAAAAGCUUGGAACACAGUAUCAAGGAGGAAUCGCGGCACCUAAGUUGUUUGCGUUCGACGAAAUCUUUACAGAUGUUGAUCCGCCGAUGAACCUGUAUGCUGCAGCCCUCACUGGAAUUCUGCAGGCUGUAGUCAGUGGAUCUGACGGUUGUCUGCUCUACUUCAGUGAUGCUGGAGCCACUGGAUCCAACCUUCUGCUUGUGGACCAUAAUUCAACGGAAAAAGUCGGAAUGUUGUCUUGCGCAGUGUCUUGGUUAUUUCGGCUCAUAGCAGAGCAGACAUCAAGGACCGGAGCUAGAUUUUCAGUACGGAUUUCAGCAGUUGAAGUACACGACCAAGAUGAUACCCUCCGUGAUUUAUUGGCUACAAUGGUCCAAGCAUCCGAUACAGUGACUUCGACUGCACCGAGCACACAUUUGAGAGAUGAGUCAAUCACAGGUGAUCUGCAACUGAACUAUAGCGAAUUACGGUCACCAUCUGUUGAAAAAGCUGCGCAUUAUCUGGACGCCGCUUUGGCCGCUCGUAAUAAAGGUGCCGUGGCAAACCAAGCGGAAAAGGGAGAAAAUUUGGUAGCGUCUGCCGGAUCGGAGACACCACAGGAGGUGUGUUCAGCUGUCAUCCCGGCUUCGACGUCACACCUAUUUCUGACGUUACAUGUAUACCAAUAUCGAAUCGAAGAGCGUGGAUCAGGGUCCGGAGUCUCCGGUGGUCGCAGUCGACUUCACAUCAUUGACCUCGGUAGCGGACGUGGUUUUUCUGAAGGUACACAGGCUUCCAGCAACACACAAGCGGCUGCGUCUGCAGAAAAGUCAACUGUCCCAUCAAGAAACUCUCUAACCUCUGCUCUGCUGUCACUGAUUGCAGGUCAGCGGAACAUACCACAGAGCAAGAGUAAAUUGUUACGCCUAUUGUUUGACAGUGUGGGCAGCGUGAGUUGCCAGACGUGCCUACUGAUCGAGAUCCCGUCAAGUAGCCUUUGCUACAAGGAAACGUUGCAACUGCUACAGUUCUCGCAAAAGGUUCAGCGAUAUCACAAGCGUCAGCAUCGCAUUGGGUUGCCAAUCCCAGCCGCCGCCAGUUCCGAGGACAGUUCAUCGUGUGACAGUUUUGGACUGCGCCGAGCAAGUCGACUUCGGUUGCCUUUGGGAAGUCGAGGCUACCACGUAGGUGCUGGAUUAUCAAAACUGCGCACAGGAAGGCGUAUUGCUCCCAGCGAGUUGGAAUACACUUCCAGCAGUGAACAGUCAUGUGACACAGUGAUCUACCUAGGUCGCCGUGGAAGCCGCUCUAGUCAGCGUGAUGGCGGAGCGCUUGACACCUCGCGAGCUUCAUUGAACAGAGCCACCAGUAGUUUGGCAGAGGAACCCAACCCCGACAUCCAUCGUGAACAGAUCGAAAAACCCGCAACCACUUUGGGUGAUGGAGUAGAUCACACGAACAAUGAAUGCUUUUAUGCUGUCAAAAGAAAGGAGCCAACUUUGAGUAAAAACACCACAACAACCGAUGCAAAGCGAAUCACACCGCGAACAAACGCACAUGUCUGGCGGCGGGCUGCCGCCAAGAAUGCUGUGGAAAUGCUAAGCACACAAGAGGAAUUGUGGGUGGACGGGCCAAAAGCGAAGUUUAGUCCUCGAAAAUCAGCAACUACCAGCGGACUCACAACACUGGGGACACGUGCGACCACUUUACCCAUUAAAAUGGCCGACAAAGAGACGCAGAGUGCAGAAACGCAACACUCGCACCAUACGGAUGGUGCGGGAACUGUCGGAUGUCUCCCCGAGCAGCUUGACGUUGCUAGAGGUCGCUCGAAUCAGAGAGUUCAUUCAUGUACAAACUUGCAGUGGAGACAACAGAAGCGUCCAGACGGGCUGACCGAACAACUGAGAGAGGAGAUCCAUCACCAAUUUUGCACUGCUGAACUUCCAGCUGAAACCGAUAGUCUUGAACGACAAAUACCCAUCCUACAAUCAUCGAGCGAAGCGCCGACUGAACCUAAGGACAGAUUUGGAAAUCUGCGAGACGCUCUAGUAUCCUGUAACCAGUCGCCACAGUGCAAAGAAUCGAAGCAAGUCGACGUGGCCUCGGGGUGUGCUGUUGACGAAAUCGGAGUAGCCGCAAACCAGUUAGUUGUUCAUGGAUCCACUACUGCUACACAGUCAGGAAACAAACACAGCAACCUAGAUCAACCGGAAUUGCUUCCCUACGUUCCCGCCACGCUCAAACACGCAUCAAAUCCAUUUGUGAGAGCUUGGCUGUACAAACAUAGUGGAGUAGUCCCACAGCCCACUGACUCAAAGAAGUCAUCGCAUCCCCGCCUUUCUACUGAAUACAAAACACUGGUGGGACAAUCAUCCCAGGCUACUGCGACCGUUAUGUCGACGGAUUUCAUGAAUCGUGUUCAGAACUCCGUGCAACCUGAGCUCAGUCGAGCGUCCAUUCCGGUGGAUAGCAAAAACAAGACCCAACAAACGGAGAAGGAACCCGCUUAUCGCAUUGUCGCCCCCGAAAUUGAGAACCAGACAUUCGUCAAACAGGCAUCAUCGAACUUCGCACGCAUUGCAGAGUGGGUGAAAUCGGUUUCCAUGGAAAACUGUGAAAACACACUUGUCGCGCAAAGACGUAUCACACCUGCACACACCGGAACGCUGCCUCAGCUUUAUUCGGCCUUCCCAAUGAACCCACAUGUGCAAGACAUUUGCAAUAUGCUGCUAGCAAAAGGAGACGUUCCUGUCCCUUAUGACAUCGGUUACGACGAAUGUAGACCUCGGCACAUGACACCACAAGUGCACUAUGUCGCCUCUCCCUGGAGCACGGAUUUUACUAACAGUGGUGUCCCAGCCCAAAAUAUCUGUGCCGGUGAAUGUUGUUUAGUCUUAGAAGAAUGUGAAUCACGUCGAGGCCAAUCAGUACCUCCCCCACAUGCAAGAAACUUGGGUCAAUCAUAUACGCAGAAUUACAUGCUCACCGAAGUGCCUCAGUCUAGGGUAGUAAUGCAGAAUUUGCCUGUAGUCAUGAAGACAAACGCAUUAAGUGAGGAAUUUGAGACUUUCCCUAAUUUAUCUUCUGUUCGUUGCCCUGAUGGUUCGUCCAAUCCACAUUUAGCUACGGAACAUGAAAUGCUCACGAUACAGCGAUUGAAUGAUCAACGGAUCCCUUGCAAAUACCUCCACAGUGUCAACAACUUCUUAACUGAUUGGAAACCGGAACAAUGCGACAAUUUCCGAAACACUUCACCAUCGACCAGCAGGUCUACUAAAGUCCCAACUCAGAGACAAAAGCAUGGACCCUUCCUGUGCGCCGGUAUACCUUACUGGCAUCGAAAACAUUUCCUUCCGGACAUUGCCAAGGAAAUGACGUGGAGUCCAAAUGGUUGCCCAUCACCGGAGCAUUCCGGAGUACUUCCUCGUCCAAGGGCGCAUAGCUUUAGCUCAUCCGCAGAUGGCUUUCUUCCUUGUUACUCAUGUGAUAUGCACCGACGUAAUGGUUCAAGAGCUUGUGUUCCGACAAAACCGUUAAAUGGGGGCUGUACAGAAAACACGGACCACUCGAGCAGAAAACCAAGAGAUAGUGGGACUAAGUCAAGCAAGAACAGAUUGAAGUUUUUCACCAGUCCAAUAUUUAAUAAGCGCAAGCGGCAUUCAGUGGAGAAGACGGGAAAACAUGCAAAACAGGAGUUUACUAAUCCCAUGAUACAACCCCAUGCCAAAGUGAAUGUCGCCCACCAGUGCUUCUCGUUGCCUCAACAUCCAGGAGUAUGUAGUACAGCAACACGACGCUUUCUCAGCCAGUCCCUGGAUAAAUCGGCCAAACAGACGAUAUGUGGUGCUAUCCUGAGCACCGCUGCAAUGGACCACAAGUUCGGCCUGGAGACAUCCAGGCGCAAGCAAAUGUCUGAUGAAAGAGCAGUAACCGCUCACACUUCGCCAAAAUGCAAUGGGAACCCAGGGCUCAUUCAGUGUAACGCCUCAUCGUGUCGGAACACGUUCUCCGCUCAGUCCAGUAGCGGUCACGGCAGUGAGUGUAGCGGAAAUCACACACCAUUCAAUGAACCAACAGAGCUUCAACAGCAGUCACCGGAGACACAUUGCCACACUCGACGCCAGCAUCAGCGUCAUCGGCAAGGUAAUCCAAACCACAGUUAUCAUCGACGACGCCAUGAAUCUUUGGUGAACCAGCCAAAUGCUCAACAAACAGAUAAAUGUUGUAGGAAUUAUCUAACGGAAUUAGGCCCUUCUGUAACGAAUGAUGCCUCAAAGGAAAAUACAAACAACAGACUUGCAGCUACACCGGAGAACUCUACUGAAAAUAACUACCUCAUGGACCCAACUAUCUACUCUCGUUAUCCUUCCAAGGGUACCAAGCUGAGGUUCCCGGUGUGUGUACCUGACUCCAUUCGCUCUCGGAAGGGGGGUGGGCACACCAGCAGCGGAUACGAAAGUAUUAUACGCGAUAGCGAAGCUUCUUCGCACGGGGAAUCAACUAGCGGUAGCUCAGUUUGUGAACUUGGCAGCAAAGUGGGUAGUAUACCAGCGAGUCGGAGUGAGACCGUGGUGGAGGAUAGGACGAAUCCACGGACCCGAUACAGCGGAACUAACCCCGCAAAUCAACAUGAGAACAGCAAGACUACUCAAGUACCAAAAUAUCCGGGGACAAAUCAGUGUGAGAGUCAGAUAACAGAUGGAAAAUUGGCGGAGGUGAGGCCUUGCAAUAAUGGCUUUACAGCAGCAACACAAUUUGAUGCUCUUCACACACAAGAUGGAACACUUCCAGAUGCACCUCACGAACGUGUCGCUAAACCCAGGAAGCCAACGGAAAAUAACAAUCGGAUCGGGGAUAAUUUGCUUACUGCCUCCUCGUCAUCAUCCAAUUCACGCCGCAGUCGAUCAGCACCACCGCACUCCGAAAGCACAUCUGAAGAAACCACCAGCAGUCCAAUAAGUGUGCGUUAUGUUGCACCUAAAAACGCGCAGACCACAGCUCCCUCUCUCGCAACAAGUCAAAGCGAGACAGGAUGUUCAAAAUUGGACGAUGAGGAGGGCGCCAGUGUGGAUGAUGACGCUGUAGCAAAGCAUGCAUCCGAACUGGAUUGUGGUAUUCAUCCAGGAAGUUGGUACCAAGCAAAACUCCAUGCAUUCCCAGAGGAUAAAAGCUGCCUCAGAGCUGAGGAAAUGACGCGCCAAAUUUUGUUUGAGAAAAUUUACAGUCUUCUGGCCCAGCAAGAAAUGCUCAAACUGGAACUCGUGACUGCGAAAGAGCACUUGAUGGCUGACCCAUCGACGUGGAACUUUGGCUUGUACGUUGCAGAACAUAUGGAUCCAAAUGAAGCGGGAUUUUUGAAGGCUUUAGAACAGGAGACAGAUCUGUUACGCCUCCGAGUGGAUGCAUGUAAAUCCCACAUUAUGAUGAUCACAUGUUUCGACUCGUCCGAUGACCAGCCACCAAGUUAGCAAGAACUCCCACACUCAACGCGAGGUACGCCCACCUUAGAAGCCAACUUGGGGACGUAGUCACCUAAACGGAAACAGAUUGUGCAACCCCUUGACAAGCUUUCAAUAUUCGAAAGCAGAAGCCAUGCUUCUACUCAACGUUUCAUUGUUAAACUCCACCGAUCUCAGAGUCCACCAAAACCUCGAGUGAUUUAUGUGAUGUAUAGCUAAGCAGCUGUAUUUUAGUCAUGUGAAAUAUUUUUUACUAAUUCGUACUGC